UGGAAUCGCUGAGGGGCAGCCCGGCGUCCCACUGCCAUGGACCCAUUCCUGGUGCUGCUGCACUCGCUGUCCGGCAGCCUGUCGGGCAACGAUCUGAUGGAGCUCAAGUUCUUGUGCCGCGAGCGCGUGAGCAAACGAAAGCUGGAGCGCGUGCAGAGUGGCCUGGACCUGUUCUCGGUGCUGCUGGAGCAGAACGACCUGGAGCGCCGGCACACCGGGCUGCUGCGCGAGUUGCUGGCCUCGCUGCGCCGGCACGAUCUACUGCAGCGCCUGGACGACUUCGAGGCGGGGACGGCGGCCGCUGCGCCCCCGGGGGAGGCAGAUCUGCAGGUGGCAUUUGACAUUGUGUGUGACAAUGUGGGGAGAGACUGGAAAAGACUGGCCCGCCAGCUGAAGUUGUCUGAGGCCAAGAUUGAUGGGAUUGAGGAGAAGUACCCCCGAAGUCUGAGCGAGCAGGUAAGGGAGAGCCUGAAAGUCUGGAAGAAUGCCGAGAAGAAGAACGCCUCAGUGGCUGGACUGGUCAAGGCGCUGCGGGCCUGCAGGCUGAAUCUGGUGGCUGACCUGGUGGAAGAAGCCCAGGGAUCUGUGAGCAAGAGCGAAGAUAUGUCCCCCGUGCUAAGGGACUCAACUGUGUCUUCCUCAGAAACACCCUGACAAGCCUGCAGCUCCUCUCAGGAGUCACUGUGGAUUUGAUCACACCGUGAUGUAGCACCAAGUGCCUUUCGUGCCCAGUGCCAAGAAGACCUUGCUGAUCCAGGCCGGGCCCCUCCCACCAGCUCCUGGAGUAUAUCUGUAUCUAUGGAGCCUCUGCUCCUUGGGCUUUCGGGACACAUGAAGGUUCCCCACCGUGUUCUCCACCACUGCUCCUUCCCCCAGAGAGGUCCCUGGUCUUGCAAGGAGGAAGUUGGAGCUAAUGGCAAAUGUGCUGACUGCAGUUUGAGAGUCUUUUUGUUCCUUGGGGUAAGACACCGUCUCAGUUCAGAGCACUUGGCUGCCUGAACUGUUGGCCAAGAGGGCAUCAGACAGCAGCUCCUGACCCCCAAACAAGCAAGAGCCCUGUGAGGACUGAUUGGAAAGUUCACUACCAAAAUCACUGGUUCUGUGAAGGACUGUGGUUUAAAGGGUAGCACCUUGCCUCCAUGGUGGUCUGUAAGCAAGUGCCCUGGGCCUCCAUGUAGUGGCUCACUCUGAAAUCCUAGCACUUGAGAGUUGAGAACUGCACUUUAUAGCAGCCAGAGCUACAAAUGAGACAUUCUCCCCCCAAAACACACAAAAGCGAGUGCCUUUACCUGGAGAUAACUUGUGUCACCAAGAACUUCUAUUAUAUUAAGAACCCUUCUAAUCUCACAAGUCCCUCCCAUCCGGCUGACUACAGUGUACAUACAUCCCUGGGUGCUAGUUGUGGAUGGAGUGAUGUGAUUGCCUUCAUACCAGCAGGGGCCCUGACUGCCACACUUGAAGCCAAAUAAACCAUUCCUUGUCUCAGCUUCCCAA